AUCGGGGAUCGUCAGCUCUCUUCUGGCUGAGGGAGCUGCUCUGGUUCUCGCGAUGCUUCAGUCCAGGCGGCUGGGCAAGGGGCAAGCCAACUGGAAAGAAAGGAGGAGCGUGAGUCGGCGGCACGCCGCGUUCCCAGAGGGCUGUGCGCGGCCGUGGCUUCCUCCGGGAGCUUCCGAACGAGCGCGUGAACGGGUAUCUGCAGGCUGGCAAUGGCGCUUCACGUCCCCAAGGCUCCGGGCUUUGCCCAGAUGCUCAAGGAGGGAGCGAAACAUUUUUCAGGAUUAGAAGAGGCUGUGUAUAGAAAUAUACAAGCUUGUAAGGAACUUGCCCAAACCACUCGUACGGCAUAUGGACCAAAUGGGAUGAACAAAAUGGUUAUCAACCACCUGGAGAAGUUGUUUGUGACAAAUGAUGCAGCAACUAUUUUAAGAGAGCUAGAAGUACAGCAUCCUGCUGCAAAAAUGAUUGUAAUGGCCUCUCACAUGCAAGAGCAGGAGGUUGGAGAUGGCACAAACUUUGUUCUGGUAUUUGCUGGAGCUCUUUUGGAAUUAGCUGAAGAACUUCUGAGAAUUGGCCUGUCGGUUUCAGAGGUCAUAGAAGGUUAUGAAAUAGCCUGCAGAAAAGCACAUGAGAUUCUUCCUGAUUUAGUAUGUUGUUCUGCAAAAAACCUUCGAGAUGUCAAUGAAGUAUCAUCCCUACUUCGUACCUCCAUAAUGAGUAAACAGUAUGGCAAUGAAGCAUUUCUGGCCAAGCUUAUUGCUCAGGCAUGUGUAUCUAUUUUUCCUGAUUCUGGUCAUUUCAAUGUGGAUAACAUCAGAGUUUGUAAAAUUCUGGGCUCUGGAAUCUAUUCCUCUUCGGUAUUGCAUGGCAUGGUUUUCAAGAAGGAAACUGAAGGUGAUGUAACAUCUGUCAAAGAUGCGAAAAUAGCAGUGUACUCUUGUCCUUUUGAUAGCAUGAUAACAGAAACUAAGGGAACAGUAUUGAUAAAGACUGCUGAAGAACUGAUGAAUUUUAGUAAGGGAGAAGAAAAUCUCAUGGAUGCACAAGUCAAAGCUAUUGCUGAUACCGGUGCAAAUGUCAUAGUAACAGGUGGCAAAGUGGCAGACAUGGCUCUUCAUUAUGCAAACAAAUACAAUAUCAUGUUGGUGAGGCUGAACUCAAAAUGGGAUCUCAGAAGACUAUGUAAAACAGUUGGUGCUACAGCUCUCCCUAGAUUGACUCCUCCUGUCCUCGAAGAAAUGGGACAUUGUAAUAGUGUUAACCUCUCAGAAGUUGGAGACACGCAGGUGGUAGUUUUUAAGCAUGAAAAGGAAGACGGUGCCAUUUCCACCAUAGUACUUCGAGGCUCUACAGACAAUCUGAUGGAUGAUAUAGAAAGGGCAGUAGAUGAUGGUGUUAAUACUUUCAAAGUUCUCACAAGGGAUAAACGUCUUGUACCUGGAGGUGGAGCAACAGAAAUUGAAUUGGCUAAACAGAUCACAUCAUAUGGAGAGACAUGUCCUGGACUUGAACAGUAUGCUAUUAAGAAGUUUGCUGAGGCAUUUGAAGCUAUUCCCCGGGCACUGGCAGAAAACUCUGGUGUUAAGGCCAAUGAAGUAAUCUCUAAACUUUAUGCAGUACAUCAAGAAGGAAAUAAAAAUGUUGGAUUAGAUAUUGAGGCUGAAGUUCCUGCAGUAAAGGACAUGUUGGAAGCUGGUGUUCUAGACACUUACCUGGGAAAAUAUUGGGCUAUCAAACUGGCUACUAAUGCUGCAGUCACUGUACUUAGAGUGGAUCAGAUCAUCAUGGCAAAACCAGCCGGUGGGCCCAAGCCUCCAAGUGGGAAGAAAGACUGGGAUGAUGACCAAAAUGAUUGAAUGGUUUAAUUUUUACUGUAGGUGAAGGCUGUAUUUGUGGUAGUACUCUAGGAAUUGCCUGAUGUUUUCUUAUUCUCUUUAAAUUAAGAAGUGUUUUGUGUUUGUAUCCUCAGCUGGAUGAUGUAAUAAACGUGUUGUUACUGUCAAAACCUUAUUACCUGAUGACCACCAUUAAUUGGAUCUAAAUGACCUGUUUGUCUCACUCAGUCUUAUCAAUCACAUUAGCUGUAGGACUUAAGGCAAGUCACUUAACAUAGAGGUCUAUUUCCCAGGUAUAUCUGGCCUGCUGCCUAUUUUUGUAACCAAGUUACUGGAACACAGCCAUGCUUAUACAGUUAUAGACUGUCAAAAGCUGCUUUCUACAAGGGCAUGGCAGAGUCAAGUAGUUAUGACAGAGAGCAAAUGGGCCUAAAGUAUUUACUAUCUGGCCCUUUAAAGGAUAAGUCUGCCAACCCCUGGACUAGACUUGUAGGGUGUUUUUUUUUUUUUUUCCCCCACAGCUAUGAAAAUCCUAAACUCAAGGUGACUUGUUUCAAUAGCAGUUAAUGAGUUGUUGAAUGGAAGUACAAAGGAGAUGCUUACGAUACAACUGAAAAUAUAUUUCCUGACAUGCAAAUUAAGUAUCUCACUUUUCAUAAAGCAGAUCCUAUUUCCUUAAGAUGAGAAGUUUUGAAAAAGCAAAGAACAUUGUAAAAAGUUAUGUUAUACUGAUUUUAUAAGAUAUGUGCUACUAAUAUGUUUUUGUUACAUAAAAUCCUUGAACAAUA